AUGCAGCCUCCAACGUCUGGUGUCACAAUUGCCAUCGAUCGAGGUGGCACAUUCACAGACGUCCUCGCUCUGAUCCCCGAAAAGCCAGAUUACUACUUCAAGCUGCUCUCUGUAGAUCCUAGCAACUAUCCAGAUGCCACAAUUGAGGGUAUCCGGAGGGUUCUCGAGCACGUCCGCGGCCAUGAGAUCCCUCGCGGUGAGCCGUUGGACACAACUGGCGUAGCAGUCAUUCGAAUGGGCACGACUGUUGCCACCAACGCAUUAUUAGAGCGCAAGGGCAGCAAGUGCGCUCUCCUGAUCACCAAGGGUUUUGGAGACCUAGGCGUUAUCGGCGACCAGAGCCGCCCAAACCUCUUCGACCUGAACGUGAGGAAGCCAGGCGCUUUAUACGAGAAGGUCGUCGAAAUUGACGAGCGAGUCACGCAAGAGUCAUACGCCGAAGAUCCGUUGGAGCGCAGCUUCACCGAGCGGAUUGACGGCGUUGAAGUCAAGACUGGAGUCACAGGCGAGGUCUUCCGCGUUCUGAAACCACUAGAGGAGGUCGCUGUUUCCAGCCAGCUCAAGGCGCUGUACGACGACGGGUUCCGCAGCAUUGCUGUCUGUUUAAUACACGGAUACAAUUAUCAAGAGCACGAGGCCCGUAUCGGCAAGCUUGCUUCCGCAGUUGGAUUCACCAGCAUCUCAUUAUCUCAUAGCCUUAUGCCAGUAAUUAAGUUGGUCAAUCGCGCACAUUCCACCACAGCCGAUGCCUACCUUACUCCUGUCACCAAGGAGUACAUCGAUGGCUUCCUUCAGGGCUUCAAACUAGGAUCUGAAAAUCACACCAGAAUUGAGUUCAUGCAGUCAGAUGGUGGUUUGGUCAGUUUCGACAAGUUCAGCGGCCUUCGUGCUAUCCUUUCUGGCCCAGCUGGCGGUGUUGUAGGAUAUGCUCGAACUUGCUAUGAAACCACUGACCCCAAGCCUGUGAUUGGCUUUGAUAUGGGUGGCACCUCAACCGAUGUUUCGCGAUAUGGAGGCUCGUAUGAGCACAUUACGAACUCUGUCACUGCUGGUGUUCAUAUCAACUGUCCCCAGCUUGACAUUAACACGGUAGCUGCUGGAGGAGGUUCUAUUCUCUUCUUCCGCAAUGGAUUGUUCGUUGUUGGACCCGAGUCGGCUGGCGCUCACCCGGGUCCAGCUUGCUACCUGAAGGGAGGCCCUCUGACAGUUACCGACGCCAAUCUUGUCCUCGGUCGCAUUCUUCCCGAAACCUUCCCCAAAAUCUUCGGGCCUAACGAAGACCAGCCCCUGGGCGCCGAUGUUACCCGCCAGAAGUUUGCUGAGUUGACUGCGACCAUCAACGAAGAGAUUCGCGGCCAGCGGCCAGAGAUGACCAUUGAAGAGGUCGCCUUGGGUUUCUUGCAAGUUGCGAACAUCAACAUGUCGAAGCCAAUCAGGGCUCUCACAGACACCCGUGGCUUUGAUACAACUGCCCACAAUUUAGCAAGCUUUGGUGGUGCAGGAGGUCAACAUGCUUGCGAUAUUGCCCAAGCUCUGGGAAUCUCUCGCGUCGUCAUUCACAAAUACUCCUCCAUCUUAUCUGCAUACGGUAUCGCCCUUGCAGAUAUUGUGGAAGAGAGGCAAGAGCCAUCCUCAAAAGUAUACGACUCGGAAACCGAGUCUCACUUUUCAGCUCGUCUGCAAACACUGGCAACGGAGGCAGAGAAGGCCCUUGAGGGGCAGGGAAUCUCGAAAGACUCGAUCCGCAUGGAGAGUUUCCUGAAUAUGCGAUACCACGGCUCCGACAGCCAGUUGAUGAUCCCAGUUUCUACGAGCGGCUCAAGCGUGUUGGACGACUUCACAAAGACUCACUUAAGAGAGUUUAGCUUCGUGGAUAAAUCAAGGAAGAUCGUUGUUGACGAUAUCCGAGUACGAGCUAGCGGGUCUAGCCAUCGCCUGGAAGAGAGAUCAUUCCAGGAGGAUCUCGAGAGUAUCAAGAAAACAGCGUAUGACCUCGACAAAGAGACCAAGAAGAGCAAAGUUUACUUCGAAGGAGGUUGGCAAUCAACUCCCGUUCUUACUCUGGACAGUCUUAAGCCUGGCACCGUGGUCAAUGGUCCGGCCAUCGUUCUGGACAAGACUCAAACUAUUGUUGUUACUCCUUCCUCCAAGGCCACUGUCCUGGAGCGUCACGUAGUUGUUGACCUGGGCCUUGAAAGAAAGAAGUCUGUGAACGCUGAGGAGGUCGACCCAAUCCAGUUGGCAAUCUUUGGCAACCGUUUCAUGUCCAUAGCCGAGGACAUGGGAAGAACUUUACAAAAAAUCUCUAUCAGCACCAACGUGAAGGAGCGUUUGGACUUCUCGUGCGCAAUCUUCGACGGCGAGGGAUCCUUGACAGCAAAUGCACCUCACGUACCUGUGCAUCUGGGGUCUAUGUCCCGCGCUGUCAAGAUUGCUAUGAAGCACUGGGAAGGGAAUCUGAGCCCUGGUGACGUGAUUGCUACCAAUCAUCCUGCAGCUGGUGGAACGCAUCUUCCCGAUAUCACACUUAUUUCUCCAGUCUUCGACAGAUCUGGCCAGCAUAUUGACUUCUUUGUUGCUGCACGCGCCCACCAUGCGGAAAUCGGUGGUAUUGCCCCUGGCUCUAUGCCCUCAGACUCUGUCGAGCUCUACCAAGAGGGUGUUGCCUUCGAGCAGUGGAAGAUCAUCUCGAAAGGAAAGUUUGACGACGAGGGUGUUCAGCAUCACUUUGUUGACGUCCCCGGCUCGUACCCUGGCUGCAGCCCUUCACGCCGCGUUCACGACAAUAUUGCAGAUCUCAAAGCCCAGAUCGCCGCCAACCAGAAGGGUAUCAACCUAAUUCACAGCCUUUUUGAGGAAUACGAGCGUGAAACGGUGCUAUUUUACAUGCGCGCCGUGAAGCAGACGGCUGGAGUUGCAGUUCGUGACCUCCUCAAGGCCACGGCGAAACGGUUCGAGGGAGAGAUGCCAUUAACGGCCGUUGACUAUCAGGACGACGGGACGCCAAUCAAGCUGGCGAUUUCCAUCGACGCUGAAAAGGGCGAGGCGGUCUUCGACUUUGCCGGCACUGGGCUGGAGACUUUCAAUUGUUUCAACGCACCCCUCGCUAUCACUCACUCCGCUAUUCUUUACGUCCUCCGCUGUCUCGUGGGCAUGGAUAUUCCCCUCAACGAAGGUUGUAUGGAGCCUGUCACCGUCAACAUCCCCGAGGGUACCAUCCUCAACCCCUCUCACAACGCUGCUGUGUGUGCCGGCAACCCCCUCACAUCCCAACGCAUCACCGAUGUCAUUCUCAAGGCAUUCCGUGCCUGUGCUGCUAGUCAUGGCUGCAUGAACAUUCUGUCUUUCGGAGUAGGAGGCUGGGACAAGGAGACGAAGCAGUUUGUGCCCGGUUAUGGUUACGGAGAGACUAUCGCCGGUGGAUGUGGCGCCGGUCCUGGCUGGCACGGAUACAGCGGCAGUCAUGUACAUAUGACAAACACCAAGAUCACGGACCCUGAGAUCAUGGAGAAACGAUACCCCGUCGUUUUGAAUCAGUUCUGCCUGCGCCCGGAUUCAGGAGGCAAGGGUCAAUGGAAAGGAGGUAACGGAGUCAUUCGCGAGGUUAUCUUCACGGAGCCUUGCCACGCUUCCGUUCUCUCGCAACGUCGUGUGUAUAGCCCUUAUGGUAUGGCUGGUGGUGAAGACGGCGCUCGAGGUAUCAAUUAUCUCGGCCGAAAGAUGAAGGAUGGAAGCGUGAGGUGGAUCAACAUUGGAGGAGGCAAAGAGAUUGAUCUUCACGCUGGUGAUCGCAUCAUGCUUUGCACCCCCGGUGGUGGCGGGUAUGGAAAGCCUCUUAAGAUCAACGGCGUUGGACUCAAUGGGCAUGUGAACGGGCAUGUGAACGGGAAAGUGAAUGGGCAUGCGAAUGGACAUCCAAAUGGGUAUGUUAAUGGAGAAUCCAAGUUCCAAGCUCCUAUCCCGAGAGCCAAUGGAAGCUUG